AUGUUUCGUAAGGAGAAAGAGUAUCUCCGCCAAAUUGCCAAAGCUAGUGAGGCCAUUAGACGGAAACAUCGCAUGUUAAAAAUUGGAAAAGAAGCUGUUGAAAAUGUUUUGAGUGAAACUUUUAAACCUAUAGUUCAACCCUUAGAGAAAAUUGUUAACCUCUCUGAUGUUAAACAUGAAAAUCAUAAGAUAGAAAAGAAGGAGGAGGUAAUUAAAAGUAAAGAUGAAUUAGAUGAUAGUAUGAAUUUUUUGAGUGCUGAUGAAGAUGAAACAUCAGUAAUUCCAGGCUUUGAAUAUGAUAAAGUAGUUAAUAAAUAUAUAUACUUGCUAGAUCAUAAUAGAAAGCAAUGUUUAGAUACGUUGUACGGCGUAUAUAAGGUUAAAAAUGGUUCUCUCAAGAUUGCUGAUGCACCAUUAAGUUUUAAAGAUCACUUAAUAAAUGUUGGUGAUAAACGUUUUAAUAUUACUUCUGGUUUAUUGGAACUGUUAUUUAAAAAUAAACCUGAAAUGACAUACAUUAGCGAUGAUGAUAUGAAUAAUUAUAAACAAAUUCUCAUCAUCUCCAAUGCUCACAGAAAAAAUUAUAGUUCUUCUGAACCUAUAUACUAUAUCUAUUGGGAUGAUCCUAACGAAUUGGUUGACCGUCUUCGAUUGCUUAUGGCAUCUCAAGCAGCUGGGAAUCCCAGUCACAAUAAUGAAAUUAUGUCAAUCAUAGAAGAAUUACGUGAAGCGCAAAUUAUAUAUUGA